AUGCUCAACGCUUUGAUCUCGCUUGCAUUUGCCGGCUUGUCCUGCGCAGCGCCUCUCAACGCCCGCCAAGUAGUGCCGCAUUACCCACCCACUCAGCUUUCCACUGGUUUCCGGUUGAUCGCCAACGUAACCGAUCCCUCCAAGGACUUCAACCCACCCGUCAACAACUGGGUCUUCAAUGGCAUCCACACCGGCGCUGGCUCCAACGAUGCCGUGCUUCUUCCGGACGGCACAGACAGCGGGAGGAUCUUCUAUGUCAACGGAACUGCCGAGGAAGUCUUCUACGGUCAAGGCAGCACCCUGACAGAUGGUGGUUCUCCCCCGUUCCCGUUUGGCAUCUACGUUGCCAGCGAAGACCAGACCGAUGCCGAUGGCUUCCACGAUGUCAGCGUCAACGUAGGGUCUGGCAACAAGGGCGUGCAGCUUACUCGGUUCCCUGUGGUUUAUCCCACGCUCAAGGGCGUUGGUCAGGGUACCUACGUUGCCUGCGACCAAAAGGUUCCCUAUUACAAUGCCAACUACAUCACGGUCCGGUGGACCUACGAUACCGUCGACCCGGAGACUUUCCUCAACGUUCACCAGAUCCCGGAGGGAUGUGUCGCGAUCAAUUUGGUGCCUGAAUGUGCAACUCUGAAUGAUUUGCCCGAGGGCAGCCUCUCUAGCCACGAGUUUGCAUCAAGCUCCGUCUGCUAUGGGGAUGUCUCUGCCAUCGACUGGACACAAUACGGUCCCUGA